CGGCAGCGGAUGGCAGCCAAUUGGAGACGGCGGCGGGGCCAUCUUGUUAGUUGCUUGUUAGAUUGCGCUAUUGGUCGCUAAAGUGCCUCAAACGCCCGCUAAAAGGCCUCAGCCAUGCAUCUGGUUACCACACCUGCGCCCCGUAAACGCAGCCCCGGCCCCUUCCUUUCUCUCCCUUGUCCAAGUCUUCGUCUCAGCUCGUCCGCUGGCGGACAGGAUCAUCGCCUGUGCUCCUCUGGCCUUCUCACCACCGCCAAGCCGCCGUGCAAGCUGGCUACAUGAAUCCCUCGUCCCCGCUCUUCGAUGCGCUCAAGUCGCCAACCAGCUUGAGCCCCCAUCUUCCGAGCCCGAGCUACAAGCGAGCAGUUCUCUCGCCCCGCGCUUCUCUCGACUCCGAUGACUCUUCAUUACGCGACCUCGAGAUCUCGGAGGGCCUCCUUCUCGUCGACGCACCGAUCACUGCGCGGGGGAAGGCAUUCCCGCUUAGUCCCCUCGACUUCGAGCACGACCUUCUCCCGCUCACUGCAGGACUUAACAACACUGAUGACUUCGCGGCUGCGGCGGCGGCAGCAGCACAGCCGAAGACCUUGGGUCUUCUCAAUGGCAUCGCCCUCAUCGUCGGGCUGCAGAUUGGUUCGGGGAUAUUCUCUGCCCCGGGCGUCGUCAUCGCGAACAUGCACUCUGUCGGCGCGAGCCUCGGGAUCUGGCUCGCGGCCGGCCUGCUCGCCUGGACAGGAGCGAGCAGCUUCGCGGAGCUGGGCUCGUCGAUCCCAGUCAAUGGCGGCGCGCAAGCGUACCUCCACUACGCGUAUGGCCCGCUCGUCGCAUACCUCUUUGCAUGGACCGCCAUCAUUGUCCUGAGCCCUGGCGGGAAUGCGGUGAUCAGUCUGGUGUUUGCGGAAUACCUCAACCGAUUGUUUUGGCACAGUACGAGUGCAGAUGCGUCCCCAGACAGUAUACCACAGUGGGCCGUCAAGCUCACCGCGGUCUCCGCUAUCCUCAUCGUCUUUGUGAUAUGUGUUGCCACUCCCAACGCAGCCCCACGAAUGGCGGUCAUGUUCACCACGGUGAAGGUUGUCGCUCUGAUCUCCAUCAACGUGCUCGGCCUCAUCCAGCUCGCGCGCGGGCACGCCUCAUCCUCCCUCACCUCCGAACCCUUCUUCGCGUCGCCACUCUCCGGAGCAGCCGCGAGCUCGCUCGCGCAGGCGGGACCCUCCGAGAUCGCGCGCGCACUCUACUCGGGGCUGUGGGCGUUCGACGGGUGGAAUCAAGCGAACUACGUCGGCGGCGAGAUGAAGGACGCACAGCGGAACAUCCCGCGGGCGAUACAUUGCAGCAUGGGGGGCGUCAUCAUCUUGUUCUUGCUCGCGAACCUGUCGUACUUCGUCGUCCUGGACAAGGCAACCCUAGCGCGGAGCAACACCGUCGCGCUCGACUUUGGGCGCGCUCUCUUUGGUCCCGUCGGCGGGAUCGUCUUCGCGCUCAUGGUAGCCGUCUCGUGCUUCGGCGCGCUCAACGGCUCGGCCUUCACGUCGUCGCGGCUGAUCUACGCGGCGGGCAAGGAGGGCUACCUGCCCGCGCUCUUCGGGCAGCUCAACCGGCGGUUGCAGACGCCGCUGAACGCGAUGGGCCUCCAGGCGACGCUGACGAUCAUGUUCAUCGUCGUCGGGGGCGGGUUUCGGUCGCUCAUCAACUUCUCGGUCGUCGCCGCGUGGACGUUCUACUUCCUCACGGUCCUUGGGGUGCUAGUCCUGCGGAUGAAGGAGCCCCAGCUGGAGAGACCGUACAGGACGUGGAUCACAACGCCCAUCAUCUUCUGCGCAGUCUGUAUUUUCCUGCUGUCGAUGCCCGUCAAAGCCGCGCCAACGCAGGCAUUGGCUGCCAUAGGCUUCAUCCUGGCGGGCAUCCCCGUGUACUUUAUGACGCAGCGCGAAGAGCUCUCGUCCACACUGAACGCCAUCUCGAUCGCGAAAGAUCGGUUCGAGCGACUACGCGCGAGGUGGACGCAGAGAGGUGGCGGCUGGCAGGCCGUCGCGAAUGAGGGCGAGGACCGGGUCGAGAUGGUCGAUAGCGGACGGACGUCUCGGAUGUAGCUGGUAGCGAGUAGAAUGAAAUACGUCGAACGUGUUGUUGUACGCUGUCUUCGAGUAGUAAACCCAGUUCUGCUCAGAUGCAAA